UGAAAAGAUUAUAAAUAUACAAGGUGAGGGGAGAAGAAAAGGAAGAAAAAGGUGGGAGAGAGAUGAAAGGCAUAAGAAAAAACUACGAAAAUUCUUACACCUUAUCCUUUUUGCUUGUCUUUUUCGUCUUGAUUCUACUUCCUCCUGCCUUUUCGAUUAACACUUUGUCUUCUGAAGAAUCUCUUACAAUAUCAAGCAACAGAACACUUGUAUCUCGGGGUGAUGUCUUCGAGCUCGGUUUCUUCAAGACCACCUCUAGUUCUCGUUGGUAUCUCGGGAUAUGGUACAAGAAAUUUCCAUAUAGAACCUAUGUAUGGGUUGCCAACAGAGAUAACCCUCUCCCCAAUUCCAUUGGAACCCUCAAAAUAUCCAACAUGAACCUUGUCCUCCUUGAUCACUCUAAUAAAUCUGUUUGGUCCACGAAUCUUACUAGACGUAAUGAGAGAACUCCGGUGAUGGCAGAGCUUCUCGCUAAUGGAAACUUCGUGAUGAGAGACUCCAAUAACAACGAUGCAAGUGAAUUCUUGUGGCAAAGUUUCGAUUACCCUACAGAUACUUUGCUUCCAGAGAUGAAACUGGGUUACAACCUCAAAAAAGGGCUAAACAGGUUCCUUAUAUCAUGGAGAAGUUCAGAUGAUCCGUCAAGCGGGGAUUACUCGUACAAGCUCGAACCCCGAAGGCUUCCUGAGUUUUAUCUACUGCAAGGAGACGUUCGAGAGCAUCGGAGUGGUCCAUGGAACGGAAUCCGAUUUAGUGGGAUACUAGAGGACCAAAAGCUGAGUUACAUGGAGUACAAUUUCACAGAGACUAGUGAGGAGGUCGCUUAUACAUUCCGAAUGACCAACAACAGCUUCUACUCGAGAUUGACACUAAGCUCCACAGGGUAUUUUGAGCGACUGACGUGGGCUCCGUCAUCAGUGGUAUGGAACGUCUUCUGGUCUUCUCCUAACCACCAGUGCGAUAUGUACAAGAUUUGUGGGCCUUACUCUUACUGUGACGUGACCACAUCACCGGUGUGUAACUGUAUCCAAGGGUUCAGACCCAAGAACCGGCAGCAGUGGGAUCUGAGAAUCUCAUUAAGGGGGUGUAUAAGAAGGACGCGGCUGAGCUGCAGUGGAGAUGGUUUUGCCAGGAUGAAGUAUAUGAAGUUGCCAGAAACUACGAUGGCUAUUGUCGACCGCAGUAUUGGUGUGAAAGAAUGUGAGAAGAGGUGCCUUAGCGACUGUAAUUGUACAGCGUUUGCAAAUGCGGAUGUCCGGAAUGGUGGGACGGGUUGUGUGAUUUGGACCGGACGGCUUGACGAUAUGCGGAAUUACGUUCCUGAUCACGGUCAAGAUCUUUAUGUCAGAUUGGCCGCUGCUGACCUUGUUUAGCUCUUUCUCUUAAAAUAAAGCACGGACCCGACUAUGUUAUCGAGAAGUCCGAAUAUGUGACGCAACUAUCUUAAUAUGUCGUUAGCAAAAAAAAAAAAAAACUAUCUUAAUAUGUCGACCCUAAAUAUAUAUCUGAAUCAAUAAAGA